AUGUUACCAACAACUCAGACACCACCAUUACCAACACAACGAACAUUAAUACCAGUUAAUAUUGAAACAUUAGCUGGUACAUCAUUUGAAUUACUUGUUUCACCAUAUGAACAAAUACAAUCUAUAAAACGUAAAAUUGAAAGACGAGAAGGUAUACCUAUAUUACAUCAACAUCUUAUAUGGAAAUCAAAUGAACUUGAUGAUGAAUCAUGUUUAAAUGAUUAUAAUAUUGAAGCUGGUACAACAAUAAAACUUGUUUUAGCUAUGCGUGGUGGACCUGUUAAUACAAAACGUGUACCUAUUGAAGAUAGUUUUAUAAGAGAUAUGUCAGAAUAUAUUGAAAGUAGUCAAGAUGAUUAUGGUAUUGGAAGUGAUCUAUUACCAUCAUCGAAUAAAAAUGUUACAUUUCUUGUUUUACGCGAUGGUGAUCAAUUUAAUUUUUUUCAAGUUAUUGAUAGAGGUGAUGGUACUCUCUCACCUUUAUCUGGUUCUAUGAGUGCUGCAUCAAUGUAUAAUACACAUGAAACAAUAGCUGUUGAAACUGAACGACAAUAUGAUGAAAAACGACAAGCCGAUGAUCGUAAAACAAAACAAAAAAUGGAAUUAAUUCGAUCAAAAUUGAAAACACAUGCUAGAAAAGAUAUUCUUCUUCCACCUCGACCACCAUCUUCAUCAAAGAAAACUAAAACAAAUUUAAUUCAUCAUCAUCAUCAUCAUCAUCCUCGUCGUAGUAUACAUGUUGAAACAAAUUCGAAUUUAAGUGUUAAUGGUGAUAAUUCCUCAGGUACAUCAUCAUUAGAACAGCAACAUCGAUCAUUAUCAUAUUCAUUUCCUGCUAAUUUUUUUAAUACAUAUAAUUUAUUAUCAUCAACAACAGCAAAUCUCAAUCGAAAUGAUCUUUUACAUGAAGAAGAUAGUGAAGAUGAUGAUGAUAGUCACGAUGAUGACGAUGAUGAACCAAAAACACCAUUACAACAACCAAUUUUUACAUCAAGAUCAUUUUCACCAUCUGUUUUUUAUGGUAAAAAACGUAAUCAUCAUCAACAUAAUACAACAAAAAAAUUACUUAGUCAAGAAACAGCAACAACAACUACAACAACAACAUCAGCUAAUGAUACAAGUAGUAAUGCUGUUUUAGUUGAUUAUAUUCAUCGUAUGUCACCAACAUUACCUAUUGUAUCAACAUCAUCACGUGUAUUAUCCGCAACAAAACAUCAUACUACAUCUGAUGAACCAAUAAAUACAAAUGAUAAAAUACAUACAACAAAUGAUAUUCUAUAUCAAAAUUCACGUACAUCACCAAUGCUUGAAUUAAAUGAUGAUGAAAUUAUUUCACCAACAAAUAUAAAUCGUAAACAAACAGCUGAUAUACAAAGUCGAAAUGAUACAUCAUUAAGUAAACCAAUAUGGACAGAUGAUGAUGAACAAAUAAAUGUAUCCGAUGAAUAUAAUACACCUGGUGAACGUACAUCAACAAGUCAAUCAUUAUUAUUUCGUCAUCAAAAUAGUUCAACAAGUACAACAGCUCUUACACCAAUACCAACAUUACCUCAUGUUAAUAAAAAAUCUUCAUUACCAUCAACAACACAACAAUUUUAUCAUCAUCAUAAAUCUAUAAAUAAUGAACAACAACAAAGUAAACAAUCACCUAGAUCCUUAGUACCAUUAUCAGUAUCAAAAUAUCGACGUAUACCAACGAAUGUACAUUUAACAACAUCAACACAACAACAGACAUUUAGUAAUUCUUCUAAUGAUUUAAUACAAAAUGGAAAUAUUACUAGUGGAAUUAAUAAUAAUAGUACAGAUUCUUUUAAUGAACAUUUAAUGCUCAAUAAACGAAUAGAAAUAUUAAAAACACCUGGUAAACAACAAUCACCACAAUCAACUGCUCCAUCUCCAUCAUCAUCAUCAAAUACAAUUUUUCCGCCAGCACCACCAGCACCUCCAUCAAAACGAAAUUUUCAACAAAAAGAUAUUAAACCUAUUAGUACAACAACGACUGUACCGCCAUCAUCAUCAUCAUCUGUUAUACCAAUAGAUAAAACAAUUGGUCCUAAAACUGUCUCAGCACUUCUACGACAAAAUGCAACAAUUGAACCAGUUGAUACAUCAAGAGGUGUUGGUAAACAUCUUGUUUCACUUCUAACAACUGCAUCAAAAGAAACAGCAUCAAUUAAAACUGGCUAUAAACAAUCAUCUCGUGAUGCAGUUAUUGAAGAACGUUAUAAAUUGGAUUCAAAAUUAAGUAAUCCAUGGUCCAAUACAACAAAUAAUAAUCUAUUAAUAACAAACAAUAAUCUUCAAUCUAAUACAACAACAAUUUACAAUGCAAAUAAAUUACCACCAGUUAUUGUCAAUCGUAAACCAACAUCAAAAUGUUUUCUUUGUAAAAAGAAAACUGGAUUAGCUACAACAUAUCAAUGCAGAUGUGGAAGUUCAUUUUGUAGUGAGCAUCGAUAUCCUGAAGCACAUGCAUGUGCAUUUGAUUAUAAAGCUGAAGGAAAACGCUUGAUUGAACGUAAUAAUCCAUUGAUAACUGCCCCAAAAUUACCCAAGAUCUGA